AUAGAAGAGACAAGAAGUGACAGUAGAAGAGAGAGAUGUCAGAAGGACUUUACAUCAAGUGGGAUUUUACUUCUUUCUUCGAUAUCAGCGUGUGCAGAUUGGAACAAAAUGUCAUGGCCCCAGGACCACAGUGGAUCGUCUGAUCCACACACAUGUGUAUCUCCACUGACUCUGAAUUCCACAAGCUCUUCACCUUCUGAUAAAGUCCCAUCAGACUCCACAGUCUCUUUCUUUAUCGGUACCUUCGUCCUUGCCAUCGUCUUCCUCCUGGGUGUCCCAGGAAACCUCUUCAUCAUAUGGAGCAUCCUGGCACGCGCCCGUCAGCGCUCAGUCACCACGCUGAUCAUCCUAAACCUGGCGUGUGCCGACGGUGCCAUCAUGUGCCUCACCAUAUUCUUCAUCGUAUACCUGGCCAAGCAGUCGUGGGUGUUUGGACGCUUCAUGUGCAAGUUGCUUUUCUACCUGUGCAACACCAACAUGUAUGCCUCCAUCAUGCUCAUCACACUCAUGAGCGUGCACCGGCUGGUGACCGUGCUGCGACCACAAGAUGCUCACCUCUUCAAGCGCAGGAGAAACGUGCUGAGCGUCCUCACCAUGCUCUGGGUGCUGGUCUUCACGCUCGCCAUCCCUGCUUUCAUAUUCAGGGACGUGGAAGAGAAGCUCUGCAGCCAGGUGGUGUGCUCUCACAAGCACACAGAUCCCAAAUAUGUGGUGAUCCACUUCUGCAUGGAGACGGUGGUGGGGUUCCUGCUCCCGUACGCAAUCAUCGUCAGCAGUUAUGUGUGUAUCCUCCUCCGCCUGCGACAGACACGGUUUAAGAGGAGAGUGCGCAGUGAGAAGCUCAUCCUCUCCAUCAUCAUCACCUUCGCUGUGUUCUGGAUCCCGUACCACAUCAUCAACAUCAUGCAGGUGGUGUCUGCGUGUGCACCAGCGCAUUCUCAACUCCAAACGUUGAACAAUUUUUCACGCUCUUAUCGAGCCGCCGCCUCUUCUCUGGCCUUCAUUAGCAGCUGUGCUAACCCGGUGCUGUAUGCGCUAGCAGGGCGCUCGUACAUUCGCGUAGAUGGUAUGUCCUUCAUGGCCCGGUUGUUUGAGGGCACGGCGCUCGAGAUCACCAACGGAACGCUCCAAAUUCAACGUAAAAUAAGCAGAGCAGGAGCGGCAGUGCUCGGCCUGAAGAACUGUGACUCGCAUGCAAACAGGGAAGACCAAAUCUGACUGACAGCAUGACACACAGACGUCAUCUACAUCUACGUAUACAAGAAAUACUGAAGCCUAUUUUUGGUGCAAUCAGAAAAUCAGUAAAAAAUGGACACAGGGCACAGCCCUAUAAGACCCAGCUAGCCAAUUAGGACACAGCCAUAUAAGACCUGCCCACAACCACCUGGCCAAUGAGGACACAGCCCUGUACGAUCCGCCCAAAAUCACACUUAUCAACCACCUGUUUGUUUUUGGUCUGCUCCUCCCCUUUGCACCAAGUCUGAAGCAAGCGGUGACCUUGAAGCUAAUAUAGAGGUGCCAAAGCGUGCAGUUCCUUAAAUGACCAAGAGCGAGUCAAUUCCCAUAGAGCCCCACGCUGAAAUGCCCAAAACUACAACAGAAAUAAACAUUUGCAGUCUGGUACAAACAACAGUUUCUUUGUCCAUGGCUAGAGACAAGAGUGAUUUUUUAAUGUAAACAUUUAUUGUAUUAUAUUAAUAAUAAAUUUAUAUUAUGCCAUAACGUUACACAUAAGUACCUGAGCUAGGUAGGCAUAUUACAAUCACCAGUUCUUAUGGUCUGAAGUGGUUCUGACUCCACCCACAGUCUGGGGUUUAGAUUUAUAUAUAAACUGUAUAUUUAAUACUUUUAGUGUGAAACUCUGUUUUUGAGGUGUUGAGAUGAGGGUUAGAGUCGAACACCUGGAGAAACACCUUAAAUAAAUACAAGCACAGCGGAAAUGUUCCUGUGUUUAUUUAAGACUGAAUAAAGGUUUUGUCCUUACAGACACUUUCCUAUUGGCUGAAACCAGUUACAUGGUCAAGCUGACAGGAAACACGUGGUGUGUGUUAAUUCAAUUCAAUUUUAUUCAUAUAGUGCUUUUAACAGUGGUCAUUGUCUCAA